AUGGUGCCGAAGACAAUAGCUGGGAAGAUAUUUGGUUCCAUUUGUUCUCUCAGCGGGGUCUUAGUCAUUGCUCUUCCAGUUCCAGUCAUUGUCUCCAACUUCAGUCGCAUCUAUCAUCAGAACCAACGAGCCGAUAAGCGCAGGGCACAAAAGAAAGCCCGGCUUGCAAGGAUCCGUGCAGCAAAGAGUGGGAGUGCAAAUGCUUAUAUGCAGAGCAAAAGAAAUGGCUUCCUCAGUAACCAGCUGCAGCUAUGUGGUGAAGAACAAGAGGCCUUUGUUAGCAAAUCUGGUUCUUCCUUUGAAAUCCAGCACCACCAUCUGCUUCACUGUCUGGAAAAAACUACGAAUCACGAGUUUGUGGAUGAUCAAAUCUAUGAAGAAAGCUGUAUGGAGGUUUCUACAGUCAACCGGCAAACUAGCCAUAGUCCUUCUCUCUCUUCUCAACAAGGAGUGACAACCUCUUGCUGUUCCCGGCGACAUAAAAAGACAUUCCACGUCCCAAAUACCAAUAUAAUCAGCAGUCGUCCAAGUAGUGUCCAAGAACUCAGCACUAUUCAGAUCAGGUGCAUGGAAAGAACACCUCUGUCAAACAGUCGAUCCAGUUUAAAUGCCAAAAUGGAAGAGUGUGUAAAACUAAACUGUGAGCAGCCUUAUGUAACCACAGCAAUAAUUAGCAUCCCAACACCACCUGUGACUACCCCGGAAGGAAACAAUAGACAGGAUUUUCCAGAGUAUUCAGGAGGAAACAUCGUUCGAGUAUCUGCUUUAUAAAACAGGUGGAAUAAAGACCACUGAGUAGCUGUCAAGAUUCAGAAGAAGGAGAGAUGUAUCUCUGGGUUAAACAGAACAGCCACAGAUAAUGGAAGGAUUCCAGAGAUACAAAAUAUUCUAAGUUUUCAAUAUUGAACUGUGUGCAGUGAACAACCAAAUGGAAUUUCUAUAUGAACUGGACCUUUUCUGGAAUAAACUCUUGUGUGACUCUUUUCAUUUACUGUAUGAGCACAAUGAAAUGUCUCCCAUUAAAGCUUCUUCUUACCAUGGGGAUAUAGAAAAAAAUCUUUUUAAUAAAAUAUCUAAAAAAAAAGACACAUACCACCAUUCAGACAGUUUAUUUUCCAGCCAAAUGCAAAAUUAAGGAUGGACCCAGUUUUGAUAACGUGUUCUCUUUUUUCCUAUUGAUAAACCAUGAACUCAUCAAUCAGCUGACUUCAAAAGAGAGAGAAAUGGCUCAUCCAGUAUGAAUACGGAUUGAAAGAAACAACUCAUAUGCAUGUGAAAAUUCUUUGGAGCUGAAUUUACUUCUUUGUUUACUUCAGACUAGGCAUGAUAACAUUUUACUGUAAAAAAGGGGCAUUUCUGUGCACUUACAAAAACUGAUUGUUAAUGUUCCAUGGUGUACAAAUAACCUGCUGGAGAGGGGUGGGAUGGGGAGAGAAAAAUUUCAUACUCAAAACACACAUUAGUGAACUUGAGGUGUUCAGUUAGUUUAGUAUUUAUGAUUGUUUUCCCUUGCUUCCUCGGUACUGUUACAACUGCAAUAAUUCAAUGUACAUCUGUUGUAUCAGGAAUCAGUCUUUUAUUUAUAUACCAUAUUUUUCCGUCUAUGACACGCCCCCUUGUAUAAGACGCCCCCUUGCAGCUUCAGCCUGAGCUGCGCUGGUGAAAAACUGGGUCAUAGAAGGUGGCUUCAGUGGGACUGGCAUCCUUGGGGCAGUGCGAUCCUCCAGCACCAGGCGGCAUCUCGGGCCAGUGAUAUCCUGCAUCAGGCGGCAUGGCAGCAGUAUGUAAAGAACCCAAACAGGCAUGUGCUGGGCUGCGGAGGUUACCAUUAUUUUUUUGUGUAUGAGAUGCUGCACUUGUAUAAGAUGCACCUGAUUUUUGAACAGGGUGUUUGCAGGAAAAAAAUAGCAUCUUAUACACAGAAAAAUACUGUAACUGCACAAAGUCAGCUAUAAAAUAAAAGCCCACAUGGAUAAUCAAUACAUUAUGUAACAUGAGAAAGUUUAAUGUUUUAAUCAUUUAAGGCCAACAAUAAUUCUGUCAGCUUUUUUUGUUUUUCUGUUAUCCUACUAUUCCUCAAAGCCAAUCUUUGCUUUUCAUUAUUUGUUUUGUUCUCCUUUGAAUAUGGAGUUUUCCUAUGUGUUUUUUUAAAAGCUUGAUCUAUAAGCAUCAUUCUAUAAUGUUUGUUUUCUGAACUAAUUAAGUCUUCCUAAUGUGAUGUUACAAGUAGCUGAGAUCUGAUGUAAAACUAACGUGGUAUAGCAGUUAAGUCCUCUAAAACAAGGCUUUUCAACCAGUGGUACGGGUACCAUCUGUGGUACAUUGGCACCUGGCAGGUGGUACGCGACCAUCCUAGAAAAGUGGUAGCAGAGGAGGGGAAUGAGCUGAACUGGUGGUAGCACCUGACAAGCCUGAUCGAGAAAUGGCUGGAGCUGCAGGGCUCAGUGGAAACGCCAGGAUCAGGGCCACUUUCCAGCUGAUCGGCGCUUC